AAUGUUCAUCAUCUUUAUAGAUUUAUAUAUUGUUACAGGUUAGGAAAAAAAAGUGUUCACCAGCUUUGCCAUUAUGGGCGGUGGCUGUGGCGGUGGUGAUUGUUCGGUGAUCUCCUAGCUUUUAAAGCAUCUAAAAUUUGGUGUGCAUAAAAAUCUUGUUAGGUUUUGAACGCUAGCACCUUUCCCUCCAAAUCACUGAUGGCUUUUUUAUUUCAGAAAUUUCAAGAGGCUGUGAGAACCCUCACAAAAAAUCCCAUAUUUUCUAGGGAUCCUAAACAACUGCAAUUUGAAGCGGACAUUAACUCCUUGUUUCUUUAUACAAGUUACAAACUGUUGGGGGAGAAUGCUAAUGAAGCAGAUGCGGAAGAGAUUAUUAAAAUGGCUAGUAAAGCCUCUUUUGUCGAUCAACAAAUGCAAGUACAAGAAAAUGUUCACUCUCAAAUCAAAGCAUUUUGCACAUGCAUGAAUGAAAUUCUUGUUUCAAAAGAAAAGAUGGUGAAUGGCCCCUUAGAAUUAUCUCAACAAGCAAACACUUCACCUCUCCGUGGUAAGCCUAGUUCUGCUAAAGCUGCCUCUAAACAAAAACCAUUAAGCCAAUCGGAAGUCUCUCAGAAGUUAAAGGAUCAACUUGGUUACACACUUAAUGUUAAACCUUCUCAAAUACCUCACAAGGAUUCUGGCAAAGGUCUACUUUUAGAUGGUGCAGUUGAUGUUGGUGCUGUUCUAGCCUUUUAUCCUGGUGUGAUCUAUUCCCCAUCUUACUAUAAUCAAAUUCCUGGAUACCUUGAUGAGCAGAACUCGUAUUUGAUAACAAGACAUGACGGGACUGUCAUUGACGCCCAACCAUGGGGUUGUGGCGGUGAUGGACCAGAACGAUUUGACGGUAGAAAAAUGUUAGGAAACAAGCUUGAUAAUAAUGAUGAUGUAGUUGAGCGUAGAAAUCCAUUAGCCUUGGCUCAUUUUGCUAAUCACCCUCCAAAAGGGAUGCUUCCUAAUGUCAUGAUCUGCCCUUAUGACUUUCCAUUGACUGAAAACAGCAUGAGGAUUUACAUACCAAACAUAUUAUUUGGAAAUGCAGAAGUAAACCUGAAGAGAUUUGGCAGCUCUUGGCUCAAAUCUGUAGUUUCAAAAAACAGUGUAUCAGAUGUUCCUACCCUCAAAGCUGUUGUUCUGGUAGCAACUAGGGCUCUUCAAGAUGAAGAACUCCUUUUGAACUACAGAUUGAGCAACUCUAAGCAGUGGCCACAAUGGUAUGCUCCAGUGGAUGAAGAAGAGGACAUGAAUCUCAAAGAUGAAAGUAGCCAAUGAUGAGACAGAACACCUUCUGAUAUUAAUCUCUAUGAAGUCAGAAUGAUGUUGGAGGUUUAGGUUAACUGCCUAUCUAUUGAUCUCAAUUAAUCUUUAUUAUACAAUGUUAGCAUGUUAUUUAACUAUUUUUUUAAUGAAGGUUGGAAACAUUAGAUAA